AUGUAUAAUAAUAACGCAGGGGGACCGUCCGGCCCUUCAAAAGGCAUUCGGUUGAAUUUCUUAACUCAAGCAGACCAGACAAAGUUUGAGCAACUGUUUGCUCAAAGCUCAGCAGCGUUUGGAGGAAACAAGAUCUCUGCUCAAACUGUCAGUGAACUCCUCAGACGAUCCAAUCUCGACAAUGACACUCUAGCAAAAAUCUGGGAUCUCGCCUCUAUUGCGAAUGCACCUUAUUUAACCUUUCCCGAAUUUGCUGUUGCCAUGUAUUUCACGUCCAGAAAGUUGAUGGGCCAAAGCCUUCCCAAUACCCUCCCUCCAGACAUUAGGGAAGAAACUGAAAUAGCUAUGGCCACCAUUGCUUCAACCGAAACAGCAAAUCCAUCACAACAACUCGUCAAUACCAGUCUACCACCUCAGCCAAUGCAGCAGUUCCAUAAUAACACCAUGAUGGGAGGUAUGACGCCCUCCAUGCAAAAUGUAUCAGCGCAGACUCCACUGACGCCAGGCAUGCAGAUGCAAAACAACGCGCCCAUGCCGCCCGCUUUACCUUCUCGAUCUAUGAUGGCAGGCUUCACCACCAACAACUACCAAAGCCCACUACAGACUGGCUUUCAGCCCUCCAUGCCUCCUGCCUUACCACCUAAAACUCGCCUUGCCAAUCUUGAUUUUGCCAAGAAAAUGAUGCCUAACCAGAAUGGCAUCACAAACCUUCUGAAUCCUAGUUUGGGUACGACAGAGGCCAACCGGGUUACUUGGAAGAUAAGUCCUGAAGAUAAGAUGCGAUAUCGCGAAAUUUUCAAUGCCUGGGAGGGAUCCGGCUCUGGAUUCAUGUCAGGAGACACAGCGAAGGAUGUAUUCACUCAGUCUCAACUACCGCCCGAGGAUUUGAUGAAAAUUUGGAAUCUGGCCGAUAGUGACAACAGAGGAAGUUUGGAUGAGGACGAAUUUGCAGUGGCUAUGCAUUUAAUCUAUCGUAAAAUGAAUGGAUGUGACAUCCCAUCGGUUUUACCUGCUGAGCUGAAACCACCUUCAAGUGUGCUGAAAAAGUUUGUCUUGGGCCGUCGCCCUCCACCCUCAAAGCCAUCCUUCGGCAGCAGCAGCAGCGAUCAUUCACAAUACGCAGGCCAGCACAACAAUGACGAUUCUCCUUAUCAUUUGGAUGCGGAGGACUAUGUCUCGAGCUCGAGACGUAAAGAACCUCGAUCGAACAGUAGUCGAUACCAUUCUCGCUAUGACAAAGAGUCCAGCGAUGAGGCCGAUGUGGAAGUCUUGGAGGAUCUUCGCAAACAAAUCGCUGAGACGCAGCGUCAACUGGAUAGAAUGCCUAAAACCAGCCAAUAUAAAAAUGCUUCGUACAGUUACAGAAACAAGAUGUCAUUGGAAGAACUCAAAGAGAAUAUUAGACGCGCACAGAAUGAUAUCAACAAGAAUAUGCUGAGCAAUGCUAGCUUCAACAAGUAUUGGGAGAACGCAGAAAUAUUGAUGGGCCUUAUAGAGACGGAAAAGUCUUUGCAAGAUGAAAUUCAAUACUUAUGCAAUCGUGACAUUCCCGUGCUAGCCCGUCAGUUACGUAGUGCUGCCGCUGAGGUACGUGAUGCUAAAGUACGUCAAUCAAGAAAGAAUGACGGUACUCAAGAUUAUAUGGCUUUCAUUCAACCGACGGGUCCUGGUGGCUCCAUUACUGAAAGUGAUCGUGUGAGAGCGAAAGCCAAAGCAAUGAUGGCUGCUCGUAAAGCUGGUAAUGUAGGCUCUCAUGCGGAUGCUGGUCUUAUAUUGCGUCGUGCCGAAGAAGAAAAGGAGGAAAUGGAUAAAAAAGCGGAUACUUUCGAACGUGAAAUGGAAAAGUCACGCACUGCUUUAUUAGAUAUGCGUGGCGAUUUUAGAUAUCUGGAGGAGAUUUCAGCUGCAAAGGAUCUGGAAGAUAAGAAACGUUUCGAAAAUAAGCAAGAUCUUUCUUAUGAACUGCGUCACUUUAUUGAACAGUUAGACUGCACGGUUCCAGAACGAACCUCAACGCCGCAUACACCUUCAUUUACAGAUAAUAGCCCUCGUCAUGGGUUUGAUAGCUCUGCAACAAGGAAUAGUCCUACAUUGACCGCUCUCAGUUCACCAAACGUCUCAAGUCCUAAAUCCAAGCCCUCUCCUGCUCGUCCUCGUACAGCUGAUGAAAUCAAGAAAGAGGCAGAAAGACGUGUUCAAGAACGUUUAGCUGCCAUACAGGCUAAACGAAAGCCUGCUAUGAACAGUCCUUCAAAUGUCUCCAUACCAUCAGUUGAAAGUGUUAGUAAACCCAACGAGGCAGAACACAAUUCUGAAGAUGUUCACCAAAGUAUAACCGAUCAACAUAGGCAAAGGACAGACGAAGAGACACAAUUACGCGAAAAGGAACGUCUUGAACGUGAACGCUUAGAAGCUGAAACCGCUCGUAAAAAUGAAGAAGAAGAGAAGAAAAGGCAGCAACAAGAAAAUGAAGACAUGGAACGAAGACGACGUGAAAUUUUAGCAAAAGAAGAAGCCGAACGCCAAGCCCGUUUUGAUGCUCUAAAGCGUGAUGAAGAGGAGGCUGAAGCCUUGAAAAAAGCCCAGAAUAGCGAACGUAAACCAGAGGAACAAAAUAUUUCUAACAAUGUUAUUGCACCAUCAUCUGAAACAGAGGCCUCAACAGCUCCUGUUCCUGAAGUCACCAGAAGCAAUACGAAUCCUUUCAAUAAAGUGCAACAAACGGCUGAUCCGAAUGCUACGUCUUCACAGGCCGAAAAGCCCAACCAGGCUACCAACAAAAGAAUGAGUUAUAACCCCUUCGCUGCAUUUUCGGCAUUUUCAGCUACAAAAGGCAGCAAUAAAGUUGAUACAGAUUCGGACGAUGAUAAUUGGGACGCAGGCAACAACGACUCAGAUGAAGAAAGUGAAUUCCCUGCUGCUGGCAGCGCAAAAGGUCUGGCUUCAAAACUCUUCAGUGUCUAUAGUGGAAAUACAAAUAGAGAUAGCUCCGAAAAAGGCUCGCCUAAGCCGAAUGAGUUAGAUAACCCCAACGCUAGUACCUCCUCAGACAUACCUGCCUCUCCUUCGGCAUUGUCAACAGUAAAUGAUGCUAAUGCAUCUAUUUCAACGACGUCGGCAUCACCUAAGGCUCCUCCUGCUCCUCCUGCUCCUCCUGCUCCUCCUGCUCCUGUUGCACCUGUUGCACCUGUUACAACUGCUGCACCUCCUGCUCCUCAAGCUUUCACUUCGGAAAGUAUACCACAACAGCCUAUAUCUGGCGGAGGUGACUUAAGAAGUGCUUUGCUGAAUCAAAUUCAAGCAGGAACUAGAUUAAAGAAAGCUGUUACUAAUGACCGUAGUGCUUCUUCUGUUGCCGGUCGUAUUAUUGGCGGUUCGUCAACCCCCGUUCAACCAGCGGCAGCUCCGGAAGAAAUUGCUGCGCCCACACCAGUUGCUGCACCAUUAUCCAGCGCUAACUUCCUUGCUGAAUUGCAAGCGCGUGCUAGUGGAGGAACAACCCCUGUGCAAGCUUCAGAUUCUCAGCAAGCAGAGCCUUCUGUCUCGGAGGAGAUUGCUGCUUCAACAGAAAACAUGAGUGCCAUUGAUACGACGAAACCCGAGAAAGAAUAUAUUGCCAUGUGGGACUAUAAUGGUGCUGGAUCAGACGAUCUUACCUUUUUACAAGACGAUACUAUUCUGGUACGUGAUGAUGAUUCAAACGAAGACUGGUGGUACGGCACAUUGCAAAAAGACCAAAAAACAGGCUACUUUCCAAGAGCCUAUGUUCAAAUGAAAGUCGAAGUUCCUGAACUGAAUAUCAAAGUAAAAGCUCUGUAUGACUUUACAGGCCCUGAAGAACAAGGCUGUUUGAACUUUAAUGCUGGUGAGACUCUCAUUAUUUUGGUAAAAGAAAGUGACGAUUGGUGGAAAGCUAGAUCCGAAGAAGGUCAUCGUGAGGGCUUGGUGCCUGCAAAUUAUGUUGAGGAAGCAUAG